AUGGGCGUCUUUACAUCUCCCAUCGCUCUUUUCGGCGUCGCUCUCGUCGGCGUUGUGGUCUUUCAUGUCCUUUCGGUCAAUCCGCGGCAGAAGAGAUACAACGCCGUCGGCGCUGGUCCACCGGCUAUUCUGCCUUCUAAUACCUUGGGCUUGAACUAUGUGAUUCAGAUGUUUAGAGAGCUGAGAAAGCAUCGCUUUUAUCACUGGACGAAACGGCUGCUCGAAGAAAAUAAUCACACGCUGCAGCUGCAUAUGCUGGGCGCCAAUCUGUUGUUGACUGAUGAUCCGGCCAAUAUCAGGGCAAUUCAAGAUACUCAGUUCUGGGAAGUCGCCAAGUCGAAGGAACAGCACGAGAUCUUCAAACAUAUCCUUGGUGAUGCUAUUUUCGCGCUCAAUGGCGAGGAAUGGAAACAGGAAGCCGGGCUGCUCCGUCCACACAUGAACCGCGUCCGACAAUCCGACUUCGAGGUCACCGAGCGACACAUCCAAAAUGCAUUCAAACUGCUAGAAGACGGCGUCGAUGCCUUCGACGUAAUCGACCGUCUCCAGCUAGACGUCGUGACGGAGGUCUUCUGCGACGAAUCGACCAACUCGUUGACAUCCGACCAGCAGCCUUUCCGCAACGCAAUGGACACUUUGCUGAAAGUCGCCAGUUUCCGACAGCUUCUCGGAAAGGUUGGUGUCUACCUAAAGGAUGAAUGGAUCGCCCCGAAGGCCGUCGCCUUUAUCGACAACUACCUCGAUAAUUUCGCGACAAAGGCAUACGCCUGCAGCGUUCGCGGCAAGAAAGCCAAGGACUCGUUGACUCUGGUUGAUGACUUGAUCGUCAAAGGGAAACGGCGCGCGCAUAUCAAGAACGCAGUCACUGCCACUCUGCUGGCCGGGAAGGAUCCUACGACAACGUCGCUGGCAUGGGCGUUCUAUGAGAUCGCGCGCCAUCCGUAUGUGUUUGAGAAGAUGAAGGGGGAGGUGAAGGAGCAUAUUGGGUUCGAGAGACUUCCCGUGCUGUCUGAUCUUCAUAAGUUGAAAUAUACAAAAACAGUGAUCAAAGAGACCUUGCGAGUUCAUCAUCCUUUGGGAUUCAAUGCGCGAGUCCCCGUUCAGGACAUGACACUUCCUCGAGGAGGCGGUCCGGAUGGAAAAUCUCCGAUUGCCGUGCUCAAAGGCACCCAAAUCUUAUACGGACUCCUCUCGCUUCAACAGCGUGAAGAUCUCGGCGUUAACGACGCGUCUGUCUGGAAUCCAGAACGAUGGGAAACGUGGGAACCCAGUAAUAAAUGGGAAUUCGUCCCCUUCAAUCAUGGCCCGCGAGUAUGUUUGGGUCAGCAAUUUGCCAACUUCCAGAUGGAGUAUUUCCUCGCGCGUCUUUGUCAGGAGUUCGAGAGCGUCACGCUGCUUCCCGAGUCGCCGCGGCAGGAGGGAUUGGUGAAGCUGGAAUUGAAUACUAAGAUGGCUCAUUCAAUUUUUGCGAAGUCGGUGAGGAGGGUGUAG